ACAAAAGCAUCAACUCUGCAGCCUCCUCUCCAGCUCUCCUUAACCCCUGCUUUUGCCUUCUGCAAAUGGCAGAAGCAGUGCUCUUCGGCCUCGCCACCGAAAUACUGAAACGCGCCGGUUCCAUCACCUAUUCCAAGAGCGGACUGGUAUGUGGUGCGAGGGAUGAGCUCGACAAUCUUAAGGACACCGUCGAGACCAUCCGAGUUGUGCUUUUGGAUGCCGAGAAGAAACGGUGGCAUAGCAAUCAGGUCGAGAACUGGCUCAGGAAGCUCAAGGACGUGCUGUAUGACGUACAAGACUUGCUGGACGAUGUCGCAACCGAAGAUCUAAAGUGGGAGGUCACUCCCGGCAACAAGAUGCGGAAGGCGGUACGCAUUUUCUUCUCUAAAUCGAAUCAGCUUGCACACCGCCUCAAAGUGGCUAAUGAAAUUCAAAAACUUUGGAGGAGACUGGAAAAGAUUAAGAAAGAUAGGGACUUCCAUUUAUAUGAGCAUCAGAGUGAGGAAUCAAUGGCCAUUGCGACAGGAAAGAAAGAAAAUUUAUUACCUGACACAAAAAUAAUUGGUAGGGAAGAGGACAAGAAAAAGAUCAAACAACUUUUGUUUGCUUCCUCCCCUAGCCAGAGCGUGUCAUUUGUCGCCAUAGUUGGUAAAGGAGGUCUUGGAAAAACCGCACUCGCACGACUUGUGUACAACGAUGAGGAAGUAAAGGAACAUUUUGAGCCUAAGAUGUGGGUGUGUGUAUCUGAUGUCUUUGAUGUGAAUUUGAUUAUCAAAGAAAUUCUUAAAUCAGCAGACUGUCCAGAUCUUGAGAAUAAGCCUCUAGACCAGUUGCGGAGUCUUCUUCAUGAGACUCUAGAUGGGAAGAAAUACUUGCUUGUUUUGGAUGACUUGUGGAAUACAGAUCGGGAUAAAUGGGUGAUGCUUGGAGAUUGGCUAGAGGGUGGUUUGCAGGGAAGCAAGAUACUUAUAACCACUCGCAAUCAUAGAGUUGCAGAGAUCACGAGUGCGAAAUCAGUUAUAUAUGAACCACGUGGCUUAUCUGAUGAUAAUUCGUGGGACUUAUUUAGGAAAAUGGCUUUUGGAGAUGGGGUAGAAUCGUUAGACCCAAAACUAAAGGAGAUGGGUCGAGAUAUAGUUAAAAAAUGCAUCGGGGUUCCCCUUGCCAUUAGAACUAUAGGAGGCCUUUUGUGCGGCAAAAGCAAAGAUGAAUGGCUCCGUUAUAAAGUGCAUGAACUUCCAGAAAUACCAGAAAUUGAUGUGGAUGGAGGAAUUAUGCAAGUCCUCAAGUUCAGUUACGAUCAUCUCCCGUCAUACUUGAAAAAUUGUUUUGCAUAUUGCUCAUUGUUUCCGAAAGAUUAUGUCUAUGAGAAAGAUACACUAAUCCAUCUUUGGGUGGCACAAGGCUUUAUUGAGUCAUGCAAUGAGGAGGACAACCUUGAAAAUGUCGCUGAGAAUUACUUGUCCGAACUACUAUCUGGGUCAUUCCUCGAUGCUCACUCAAUAGUCAAAUCUGGCUAUGGCCAUGAGGUCGAACAAUUCACGAUGCAUGAUCUCAUGCAUGAUCUUGCCCAGAAAGUUGCUGGAGGUGAAUGCAAGAUUGUUAAUUUUAAAGGAGGAGAUGAUGAUAGAGGAAUUCGACACGCGUCGUUUAUUUCAAAGACUUUCUAUGAAGAGAAACUGCUGUCCCUGCUCAAGACAUCCAAAUUGCGGACAUUUCUCUCUUUGAAAGGUGAAUCCUCUGUAGGCAAUUGUCACAAAGUGUUCUCUAGCUGUGGACAUUGUCGAGCAUUGUAUUUGGACUAUACAAAUAUUCCUCUCCCUCCUUCCUCUUUAGGAAAGUUGAAGAAGUUAAGAUUUCUUUAUAUUUUCAGGAAUCAAUCCAUCCAGAGUUUGCCAGAUUCGAUCACUGAUUUGGUGAACUUGCAGACCCUUAAACUCUCAUUUUGUUUGCGCCUUCAAACAUUUCCUAGAGAUUUGAGGAAAUUGGUCAAACUUAGACACCUCUUAAUUGAUAAGUGUCACUCACUAAGCCAGCUACCACCCCUGAGUGAACUCCCUUCCCUAAGGACGUUGAGUCUUAAGUUCUUGGAUGUGUUAAAGUUCGUUCAACUGACAAGUGACCCAGAGCCAUCUAAUACCACACUCCCCUUCUUUCAAUCUCUUGAAAGUUUGAACCUCCACUACUGCAUAGAGCUGAAAGGAUGGUUAGGAAGAAUGCAAGAAAUGGGAGCACAUCAAGAGCAUCGGUCAGACAACUCACGGUCAUCCUUCCCAAAACUUCGGUUCGUGUAUAUAUUUGGUUGUCCCCACUUGAAUUCUAUACCAUCAUUCCCCCGGGUGGAAUACUUGUCGAUAGAUGGCACAAAAAUGUUGGAACAACAAUUGAUGGCCAAUCCAAAUUGCCCAUCAAAAGGAACAGUGGAAGCCACAUUCAUUCCUUUCCUUGAACUAAAAUAUCUAACACUUUUUAAUACUGAUAUGAAUCUAGAGCCCUUCAUGCUUAAGACUCUACUCCAAUCGGCCAGUAACCUCAAGUAUAUGAAAAUCUGCCAUUUCGACCUAAGGAGUCUCUUUCGUGAGAUGCAGCUCCUUUCCUCGCUCAAGGAACUCGACAUUUGGGGUUGUCAAGGACUUGAUUUAUCGUGCCAAGAAGACAAGCAUGGCACUCAAUGGCAAUGCCUUACGAAUCUUCGUGCUCUUACCAUUGGAAUUUGUAAAGAUUUGGUGGCAUUACCCGAGGGAAUUCAACGUGUGACAACUCUGCAAUCUCUCCAUAUUUUGAAAUGCUCAAGUUUAAGACGUUUGCCGGAAUGGAUUGGAAAUUUCUCUUUACUCGAAGAACUUGAAUUAAUUGACUGUCGAGAAUUAGAACAUAUACCAUUUGAGAUACGCAACUUCACACAUUUGAAGAAAUUGAGAAUUCGUAAGUGUCCCUUAUUGGAUGGAAGGUGCCUAGCUGAUGUGCACAUCCCAAUGAUUGUUUGGGAGGGUGAUGAAAUGUAUGACUCGUCCGAUUCGGAUUAGCAUGAGAGGUCGCAGCGCAUAAAUUUAUCGUAAAGAAGGAUAGCGUCCCUCCACUCCACUCCAGUUCGCCACCAUCUUCCUCGUUAUGUCGCGCGUGUAGAACAAACGCCAUCCUUUGCCUCCUCGUCUUCCUCAAUCCCUCCUCCAUCUCCUCCAUCACCGCCGCCGGAAGAACCCCCGCAUCCUCUCGAUCGCCUCCUUCCUCUUUGGCCGUGUCCGCCAAGGUCGAUGAUCGGGAAGCUGAGAUUCUGGAUCCGCUGCUCGAUUCGGAGCUGUCUUCAGAUGUCUCGUCGCUCACUCUGUCGUAGCUCUCUGCUCGCCAGAGUCGGAGGCCUUAUUGAUGGUAGGCAUUGUUCCUCUCUCUCUCUCUCUCUCUCUCUCUCUCUCUCUACUGCAAUUCAGUUUUCACUGUGAAUGUGUAAUGAGUUUGGAUUAUGAAUCGAAUGUUAUGGAGACAUUUGGAUUAUGAAUUGAGUGUUAUGGAGACAUUACAAUGUCAAUGCAUGAUAUGAGCAUCUUCUUUAUAGCUGAUUUGAUUGAUUGAGAGAAGAGAAGUGAAGAGAACAAUGACAUCCAUUGCGAGGUUCAUUUGACUUUAGAAUUAUGAGGUUCAUAAAAAAGGAAGGAGAAAGUCAUAGCUUAUGAGCUACCACUAGCUGAGAAAAUGACAAUGCUGUUUAGUAAUGGCUGAUUCUUUGGGGGAUCGGGUGGCUAGUACACAAGUUUUGCAAUUCAUGAAAACAAAAUCUGUUAGGGCAGAGUUGAACAAUGAUAGAUGACAGGACAAUUCGAUGUUGUCUUAGCCCUUGGAUCAAUGCUUGCGUCGUCUUAAUGCGAUGCUAACUCGAUUAGAUCAAUUAGGCUUCAGAUAUGUCGCAUCUUAAUGCAAACCUACUGUUUCUUAGAAAAUCUAGGGAGUGUACAUAAAUUUUUGCCUUGCAGUUGAUUCUGGUUAUUGUUGUUGAGCGAGUUGGAAGCUGGCAAAAAUUCCACUUUUUAUCCUACCUGCUAAUAUACAAAGUGGAAUUCAAAGUUGAACCAAACAGAAAUGUUCCUGAAACCGCAAAUUUUCCUGUGGUAGAUUAAUGCUGUAACUGUCGUACAAGUAUUCAACACCAUUUCAUCUAAAGAUAACAUAUUUCUUUUGAUCUUAGAGCAGUAUGUAUUAAUCUUCCUCUCCCUCUGUUUUGUGCUCUCUUUUUGGUUCCACUUUUAUUUAGAGAAUGACUUUAUCUUUUGGAGUUGUGUUGGUGCUCAUAGAUCUAUCAUUUGAAGCGAUAUAAGCAUUAGAGACCGAGCACUGAAGAAGCGCAAUCUUGUUCUGUGGUAGUUUUACUUAGGUGAACAGAUGGACAGACUUUUAUCUUUAAGUACAAACAUCAAUAAGACCACAUAAAAAGGUCCGCACGGUCUACAGCUUGAAAUCAGGAAGUUUAGAAGCUCCAUACAGGCCUUUGGAAAUGUAAUGGGGCAGUGUAGUUUGGGAGCGUAGUCUCCUUGUAGAUUGGUGGGUUGUCUGCUGAUGUUAAUUCCUUCAUGGGCCCAUACAAUGGUGAAGAUGGCCGGGGAGUGUUGCCGAAGAAGCACGCCAUCAACACUGUUGGGUCUCUCUUGUUUGCCAUGAUUCGGUGCUCAAUACUCUCAAACCGGUUGUUUAUUAGGAGAUACAAAUGCAACAAUUAGCGAACCGUUCCUCAGUGAGGAACGUAAUUUCUAUCUACUACUAUGAUUGCAA